GCUGCAAGUCUAGUGGAAGUGAGCCCACACUGAGAUUUGAAGCUGUGCCGUAGGUCCUUCCCCUUUAGGGGAGGGGCACACAAGGCAACAGUAGCCUGAGUCAAGCUCUGGCUGGGAGCCCAAGGUGUAGCUUGUUGUGCAGUUCCUAUGGAGAUGGGGAGUACUGACCCUCAUCCAACGCAGCAGUAAUUCCAGCUUCCACGACAGCUCUCCAGCGGCUUGCUCAGAAGGAAAAGCAAGACAUAUCCUCUCCUAGAGGUGGCUCUAACAAAGCUGGUGUAACCAAGUAUUACUGAUGCAAUGAUGACCACAGCUUAUGUAACACCAAGUCCCCAAACUGUUAAACAAUGGCAACUAAAGUGUUUAGGACUCCUUGCAGAAAACACAGUGAAGUCCAUCAGAGUGUCUUCCAGUAAAAUCCAGACUACUGGGAGCUUGAACACAAGGUUCAGCACUUGGACACCUAUCGCAAACAAAUCAUUCAAUAAGCAGCUCUUUGAGGAAAGAGUUAGUCUCAUAAGCCAUUGGUUUGAUCUGUGGACAGACAAGCAGCGCAAACAAUUCCUCCACAGAAUGUUGAUGAGAUGCAGUAAAUCACAACUGAAGUUUACCCAAAACUGGCUUGCAGAGAGGAUUCCAGUGACCAAAGUGGAUUUCACCAGAGUGCUGCCACGUUUCAUAUCUCUGUACAUCUUCUCCUUUCUCAGCCCCAGGGAGCUGUGUGCAGCUGCCCAAGUCAACUGGCACUGGAAGUUUAUAACUGAACAGGACUGUUUGUGGGUGCCAAAAUGUGUUAAGUUUGGAUGGUUCCUGCCCUACACUCCAGCAGACAACGAAUACAGUGCUUGGAAACGACAUUAUAUUGCCUGUGCCUCCAGCUUAGAUUACUUCACCCCAAGAGAAGCCACUGAAAUCUAUGGGACCCUCAAUGAACCAAAAGCUGAAAAUGAGGAGCAGGAAGAAAGGCUAAGAGAAAAAUUGCUACGAAAAAUUAUUCGGGAGAGAUUAGCAUUACACAAGAAGGAGUUAUUCAAAGCUCGACUGCCUUGGAUGAGUGGGACUUGGAGCUCAAGAUUCUUAAAAUCACGAUUACAGCCAAGUCAGGCCCAGACGAUCCAGGACCGGGCUAGACUACAGGCAGCUUUGCAACUAAUUAGGGAAAAGAGUGCUCUUUCGAAUCAUACUCUUUCAAUGCUGCUUUCUGAAGAAAUGAAACUAGCAGCAGAAAAACAGCUUGUUUUGGCCUCCUUAAAAACUUUGCCCAAAAGAAAGAAUGUGACUGGAAGCAGAUCCGACCCUGUGUUACCUUACAAACACUGUCAGCGUGUCUACCAAAAACACAGCAGUUUUGCAUAUCCACUUGAGCCAUACCUGGUUUUGAUAUCAUCCAGGAUUCCUGCAUAUGAGAUGGUGCUGGACAGCAUCAAACCUGGGGUGAUUCCGGUGUUGUAUGAACAUUGCGGACUGACAUUGGAAAGCCUCCUUUUUUACAUAGAAAAGGCUCUGGAUGGCCGAAAAGCAAAGAGUAUAGGGAUUUUUAGCGAUGGAAACUCCAGAGAGAUCAAUUUACUUCAAGGCUGCAGAAUCAGUAUUGAGAACAUUCUGAGUCCUGAAGUGAGAGAAUUUUGGGAGAAGCUAGGUUGUGUAAUGUCUCCAGAGGAAGGUGGUUAUGUGGACAUCUUUGUUCCUCUGGCAGCAUCAGAGGCAGGGAUGGAAGUCCUUUCCCAGCUGACUCAGCUAACUGGUGUGCUCUUCAGAACCCCCACAGGAAUUGCAACUGGAUCUUAUCAGCACAUCCUUAGUGAAUGGCUGGGAAAACAGAAGGAUGGACCUCCCACCUCCACCUACUUCACUGAAGUAAAACUGCAGACAUGGCUCAGAAUGACAGAGCUCCUGGAGGAGGCACUGAAAUCUGUCCGGAAGCAGAUGCGACCAUAUUUAAGUGAGCUGCAGAAGAGUAUUAGUGACAGGAUUAUUGGUCAGGUUAUGUUUGAUGCCGUGAGCAGAACUAAAGUACAUACUAGUCAAGAAACAGCCCAGACUUUCACUGAUGGAUUAGCUGACCUGUCAAAAAGAAGCUUUGAUAAAAAACUUCAGAAGGAUACCGCAGACAGACGAACUAGAAUUGCCAGGGAACUCCUGACAAGUGAGAAGAACUAUGUACACAUGCUGGAAACUGUGAGGGAUGUUUAUGUUACACCACUGAAAGCAGCAUUAGCAUCAAAUCGAGCCAUCCUAAGUCAUGCUAAUGUUCAAAUCAUCUUCUCUGAUAUCUUGGACGCCUUACAACUCAAUCGGCAGUUUUUAAAUGAGCUGACAGAAAGACUUCAGGAAUGGAGUCCAUCCCAGUGCUUGGGUGAAAUAUUCACUCAAUUUGGCUGGCAGCUUCAAACAUACACAAACUUCUUCAACAACUACACUGUCAUUCUGAAAACCAUUGAUAUGUGCAGAGAGACCAUUCCUUUAUUCCGUGCCUUUCUGAAAAGACAUGAUAAGACUGUCGUUACUAACAUGAUGAGCCUACAGGAGCUGCUGCUCUGCCCUUCUAAAAGGUUUGAAGAGUAUCUUAAUCUUCUUUAUGCUCUGAGACUGCACACUCCUUCAGAACACGCUGACCGUGAAGAUUUGACUGCCGCAAUCAAGAUGAUGAAACAAUACAAGGAAUACAUAGAUCAGCUAAAAUUGAACAUGAGCAAAGAUGAGCAAAUGCUAAAUGCACAAAGAAUCAUCCAGGGAUGUCCUAAUUUAUUAGAAGCCAACAGGUACCUGAUUAGAAUACAAGAUGUAACCCAGUUUAGCUGCUGUUCUGAGGAAAUCUGUGUUUCAUUCAGGCUCUAUGAACACAUCAGCGAUCUUAGCCUUUUUCUCUUCAACGAUGCACUUGUUAUUUCAAACCGUAGCAUCUCUUAUGUGCCGUUUGAACGGACUCCAAAAACAACUUACCAGUUCUUGGCAUCAGUAGCUCUUCACAGGCUUGUUGUAGAAGACAUUCCAUGUUCAAAAUAUAUCAAGAAUGCAUUUAUUCUACAAAGCCCAAAACGCCAAUGGAUUUGUUCUAUAGAGGAUGAAGAUGAUAAAUUUACAUGGCUGUCUGCACUGCAAAGUGCAAUCAACUGUAGCAUUGAGAAGAACUGAGAUUCAUCUUAAUGUUUAGGAUGCCCAACUCCUCUAGUAUGUGUUAAUUAUUUGUGAACAGAUAUUCUGUGCAGUUUGCUACUCUGAGGAACUUUUGUUCAAAUUCUGCAUCAUUACCAAGAAGUUAGCAUUCCUUUUGAUAGAAUAUUAUCAUGUGUGUGCCUCAGACUGCAGAAACCUACAGUAGAAUCAAUACUUGUUGUCGACUUGUGAGACUGAUCUUUUUAAAAAAAGAAGAUCACACUAUUACAAUCCAUUUCGCCUUCACAACUUAAGGCAAAAUCCACACAAUAUGGCUUAAUGGCCUUCAUAAAAAUCUUCAUUGCAUGACAAACCUGAAGAAAGCUGCUAAUUUGUCGAGAAUCUGCUAUGAAAAGGGCUUUAGAUAUUCUCCACUGAUUGCACGAGGGGACACUACAGUUUGGUUAAGGGUAACAAGACAUUUUGGCCUUGGCUACACUUCCAA